AUGUCGCCCUUUUUUACGCCGACAGAGCUGCAAUCAUCCCCACGCUUUGGCAGUCAUAUUCCGACUACUCCAACCCUGGAGAGAAAGGCUGAUUGCCUGCCCCCGAGUUAUUUGGUCGCGCGACGGCCAGCCACCAAACGAACCCCUCAUCCUAAACCUUACGUUUCCUACAGCGCAGCACCACUACCAGCGAGAUGGCGGCACGAAAGCUGCAGCAGGAAGUCGACAAUUGAGCAGUCCACCAAUCAGGCGCAAAAGGAGAAGCUAGAAGAUCAGCUGAAGCGAGAAAUCAAGAAGUUGCAGAGGCUGCGCGAUCAGAUCAAGACAUGGGCUGCUAGCAAUGAUAUCAAGGAUAAGGGGCCGCUGCUGGAGCAGCGGAGGCUGAUAGAGACGAAGUUCAAGGCUGUCGAAAAGGCGAUGAAGACGAAGGCGUACUCUAAAGAGGGGUUAUCAGCCGCCACCAAGCUGGACCCCAAGGAGCAAGCGAAGCUGGAGGCAAGCGAAUUCCUGAGCAACAUGGUUGACGAACUCGAGCAGCAAAUCGAAACCCUCGAGGCCGAAGGCGAAUCGAUACAAGCCACCAUGAAGAAGGGCAAGGGCCAGGCAACCAAGCUGGAGCGCAUCGCCGAGAUAGAGCGCAUCAUCGAACGGCAUAAAUGGCACCAAGGGAAGCUGGAGCUGAUUCGCCGCUCACUCGAAAAUGGGGGCGUCGAGACCGAGCAAGUCACGGACCUAGAGGAGAGCAUCAAGUACUACGUGUCCGACGGCAUGAACGACGAUUUCCCCGAGGACGAGGGUAUGUACGACGAUCUAAACCUGGAAGAAGAGGAGGAUGCCUUUGGUAUGAAUCUGGAGAACGACAAGGGCUCAUCACAGGACACCCAGUCGGUUCAAGAGGAGCCAGCCCCUGAGCCCGAGAUGACAAGACCGGCAGCUGCUGCUCCGGUCGGGAAGCAACGCACGGUGGCCGAUGCUGUGACAGGGUCGGCUACACGACGUCCCUCGGCCCAAAAGUCACCCCUCCCAACGCUCGCAACCGUCCACAACUCGCAAACAACCAACAGCAAUGGGGUCCAGGCCAAUGUUGCCAUGAAGCCGGCAGCGCUACCAACCCGGCCCGCCGAGGGUUUGAAGUAUGCCAGCGCAGCAGCAGCCGCUGCCGCAAGCGAUAAGAACAACGUGGGCAUUGCGCCUUUACCCCCUCCGCCAGGUGCUCCUCCAGCAUCCGCCGCCUCUCCGUUAGCACCAAGUCAGCCGAGGACAAGUACUACCAACUCUCCCAGCACAGCACCCAUACAACCGGUGGUGCAGGACAGGGCACCCCUACAAACUGCCCAGCCGCCAGCCAAGGAAGCGCCCAAAUCUGCAGCAUCAAAGGGCAAGGCUCCUGUACAACCGCCAACCGUCACACCAGCAGCUCCAGAUCACGGAGAUGCCACCCCCGCGCGAGGUUUGUUUAGGCAGUCAAAAACUGGACUUGACGGGCAAGGAGCUAACAGAUGUUUCAAAGCAGGUUCGGCGUCAACACAAGGGGCUCCAGUAUCAGCACCAGUACCGGCUGCGAACGGCGUUUCUAAUGGCAUCAAGCCAAUCGAGGAGGAAGAGGAAGAUGAAGAGGAAGAGUCGAUAUAUCAUCUCCCCGCGGCCCUCCAAGACCUGGUGGAAUCAUACGAAGUGACCAAGAAGCGGACGGCGUCAAUAAACUCACCAUUGACCCAGAGGAUGCAUAUCACAUCGGAAGCGGCUAAGCCUGAAGCUGCGGAUGCCGAACCACCCCGCGCGUAUGUGCCGGAGACGAAGUACCUCGCGCACACACACUUCCCACAAGAGCCGCUAGAUAUCCUGGAUGACCCACGACUGUACGAACGAAUCGAGCCAGACACACUCUUUUACGUUUUCUACUACAAGCAGGGGACAUACCAGCAAUAUCUUGCCGCGAGGGCUUUGAAGGACCAGAGUUGGAGGUUCCAUAAACAAUACCAGACAUGGUUCCAGAGACACGAAGAGCCAAAGUCGAUUACCGAAGAGUUUGAACAGGGGACGUACCGCUUCUUCGAUUAUGAGAGCACAUGGAUGAACCGCAGGAAGGCAGAUUUUAAGUUUGCCUACAAGUUUCUCGAGGAUGAGGUUUGA